ACAGCAGAUCCAGCCGUCUCCAUCGCACUCGGCCAACGGCGAUCAAAAGGAAAAUACUAUAAUGAACAACAACAGUGUGGAGCAGCCGGAUCCGGAUAACAUAAAGAUGUUCGUGGGGCAGGUACCUCACGAUAUGGACGAGAAUGACCUGAGGACGAUGUUUGAGGAAUACGGUCGAGUGCAUCAGAUAAAUAUCCUACGGGACAAAAUCACCGGCAGCCAUAGGGGAUGUUGCUUCGUCACCUUUUACACCAGAAAAGCGGCUUUGGCAGCGCAGAACGCUCUUCAUAACGUCAAGACCUUCAGUGGGAUGCGCCAUCCGAUCCAAAUGAAGCCGGCCGACAGCGAGAAUCGGAAUGAGCGCAAGCUGUUCGUUGGCAUGCUAUCGAAAAAAUUCACGGAAAACGACGUUAGGAACAUGUUUAGCGCUUACGGAAUGAUCGAGGAAUGCUCGGUGCUGAGAGACAGUACCGGGAAAAGUAAAGCCUGUGCCUUCGUUACCUACGCGAGUAAGCAGUACGCGAUCAAUGCCAUCAAAGCUCUGCAUCAUUCCCAGACAAUGGAGGGCUGUUCGUCGCCAUUAGUCGUAAAAUUUGCCGACACGCAAAAGGAAAAGGACCAGAAGAGGAUGCAGCAACUCCAGUCGAAUCUCUGGAACAUCACGGGAGUCAACAUUGCAAACGACGCGCACACCUUGGCGCCUACAUCGUUGCAGCUUCUGCAGCAGUUGCAGGCGACGACGAGUGCUGCGACCCCGGUCGCCGCGAACGCGGGAGCGGCGAAUGCGCUGUCGAACGUACAACAUCAGUUACUGCUGCAACAACACCUUGGCCUUGGCGCGGCAACACCUGCGCACGCAGCACCCCCCGCUGUGCCCAGUCCAGCAGAGAUCAACCCCGCGAAUCUGCAAAGUCUAGCCACCCUCGCGUCCCUGAGUAACACAGCUGGUGAGUAUGCGAACGCGGGCGUGUCGCCAAUGAGUAUGCAGAACCUUGUCACUCUGGCAGCUAUGACCGGUGGAAACGGCAAUCUCCAGGUGUCGCCAAACACAUUAAGCGGCCUGGCGAAUUCGACAGCAGGUAUGUCGCUAUCUGCUCUUCUGGGAAAAACAGGAAAUACAGGGUCAACCGGGGGCAGUCUUAGUCCUGUAACAUCUCUCACGCUCAAUUCCUUGACGGGGACGCCGUUAAACGGACUUCAGGACUCGCUGAGCAACGCCUAUUCCAGCUUACAGCAGUAUGCAGCUCUCAUUGGAAAGACGACGGUGACCGUGGAAAAGAAAGAAUUGCAUAGGUUCCCCGCGUUCACGGCAGCCGCGGCCGCUGCGGCGGCGGCAGCGCAGAAGACUAAGUUCGCCAGCACGGACAAGCAGAUCGAGGGUCCCGAAGGUUGCAACCUCUUCAUUUACCACCUGCCGCAGGAAUUCGGCGACACAGACCUCAUCUCUACCUUUUUGCCCUUCGGCAACGUCAUAUCCGCCAAAGUUUUCAUAGAUAAGCACACGCACAUGAGUAAAUGCUUUGGUUUCGUAUCGUAUGACAAUGCGUCGAGCGCGCAAGCGGCGAUCCAAACGAUGCACGGUUUCCAGAUUGGCAUGAAGCGACUGAAGGUCCAGUUGAAACGGUCCAAGGACGCUUGCAAGCCGUACUAGCUGAUGUCACAGAACGUUCGUAGGUAGAUACCAAGGACUACUCGGACACCUCGGCCCGACGGCGUCCUUAGUCGGGACGACGCUCGUGCAUUUAAUUAACAACCGCGAUGGUUGAUGAUUAUUCCGCAGCGGAAUCGCGUCUAGCGAUAGGUCUAGGUAGACAUGCGAAAGUAUAUUAGGUGGCAGUGUAUCCAAGAUACUCUCUAGUCAAGCAGUAUUUUCCACGAAGGUAGCGAGUUAACGGGCUAUGAUCGAGCGUUCUCAGACGCCGAAGAGGAGACGUCGCCGCUCGACACCUUCGCCGUCCUAUCGAAACGAGGCUGUGAUAAUCCAGAAGACUCUCUUGUCUCCGUCGGACUGACUUUUCUUCCGAGGUGCAGGAACGUAAUUUAUUCUUUUAACGUGUCGCUUGUGCGAACUGUCCCGCCGAACUGUCUUCUCUCUUCUACCUGCCGGUCCGCCCAUGUGUGAACACAUUUCAGUACAUUUUUUAAUCCAACAAUCUGUCUAUUCUGUUCACGUCCCGUGCCACGUCACGAUUGUAUAUCGUAUUACAUCUGUUAACUUUUCCAGUGCCGAGUUAAAUAUAGAAAUCCCCUGCUUUUUUUUCGACAAUCCAUUUCAAUUAUUUUAACAGAAGACGGGAUAGGAUUAACAAAUCAGUAUUAGCUUAUUACCAUUUCAGACCACUUGAUUUCGUAGUGUCUGUGAUGAUCGAUUUCAUCAGAGACUAUGACCGAUUUCUAGAGUUUAUUCAGAUUUAGUGAACCCAACGAGAUAUAAAUAAUUAAGAUUAAUUAUAAUCACGCGCGAUCAAUUCCUUUAGGAAUUAAAUGAAUUGUGUUGUUUUUCUCGUCGAAAGCACCUUUGCGAUUUUAUCGAAUUUUAAGAAACAUCGAUACAUAUAUAUGUUGAGUAUUGUUUAUAUAUUCUCAAAAAUAAGGGAUUUUGCAUGCAAGAGAUAUGCGAAUAUUUUAUUACGCUUUUAUAGAAGACAGAGAAAUUUGCAUGUAAAAGCUUCGUGAUGUGAUUGUAAUACAUCUACCCAUUUCGAAUAUCUCAAAUCGACUUCCGCCUUCACGAAAACAAUCGGUAUUCAGUUUUCAAAUUAAAUGGCACUAGCCAUUCUAAAGACUUCUCUGUUUAUUCAUGAGACGUAUAAAGUCUUCUUAGUUUAAACUUGACUCGAUUUUCGGGUUAAAGUUCACAUCAGGUUAAAAUUACACCCAGAGGAAAUGGGUUUUAGUGGCGCGCAUUUAGCGUUAAACGUGCUCGUUCAUUUCUGAAUUCGGUUUGUCUCUCUCGCUCUCUCUAGCACGCAUAACAUAAACGUAUGGUGGGAAUAGCAACGUUCAUCGCUAAAUGCGCAACGGUACGGGUUUUUCAAAUAUUCACCUGUAAUACCCGCCCGUACUUAUCGCACGAUCUCGAAAAUAUGUUCGUCUCUUCGAAUCUCGAAGGUGCAAGCCUGGCGGCACGUUCCCGGAUGAUGCAAUCAAACUACAUUUCGUUGCAAAGGCUGCCAGUAAAGCUUUCUGUGCUAACUUACUGUUGCACAAAGUGAAAUUACGUACGUGAAGUUCACUAACAACGUAGCUUUUCCCCUAGGAGGGCAAGACUAGUUUGCUUUGAAUUUUCACGCAGCGUUCGAGUCCGUACCUCGUAACCAUUUGACGAUUUGACUUUUCUCUCUCUCUCUCUCUCUGUUUUUCUUUCUAUAUUUUUUAUAAUUUGUUUCUCUUUAUCUCUAUAUCUCUUAAUUUCUCUAUUUUGUUCUCCAUACCAAUAACCACGGUAGUUUGAGCCGGUACAAUUCAGCCGGCAGAUACGAGCGAUAAACGCAAAGAUCUCUCUCACUCAUUGUAAUUAUGUCAGCAGCUAUUACAUCGCGUGUAUCUCCUUCGUUUAUUGUUCGAAACGCACAGAAUUCGAUACGUUCUCACGUGAGAUAAUAAUAUCACUAAGUUUUCUAUGGUUAAUCACGCUACGACGCUUUAUUAGUUAGUAAUACUAACAUUGCCAUGUGAUUUUUUUGGGGGGAGGGGGGAAGGAUAUGCAACCGAUCGUCGCAAGCGGUGGGCAAGCCAGUUAUUUCCAUGAGAAACUAAUUUAUGCUCGAGAAGCAUGUACUUGUCGUUACUUCGCUUUAUCGUCGCGACUUUGGCUCAGCGCAAUCGGUAACAAAUGAUUCUCGACCAUAAAGCUGUUGUAGGAGAGAUGUUGCUUAAUAGCAGUGACAUCACUGAAAUAAUCUGUGGAAUUAAAUGUCCUAAUAUACUGGGGGAACGUCCCUUGCAAUAUUCACUUUGUGACAUCCUUCAAAUAUUCUCAGAAUCCACACCCGCUGUUAGAGACGUAACUGAACAACCGCUGCGGCUGUUAUCUGUAAUCUAAGUCUGGAAACAAUUGGCGAGUUUCACCGUUUGCGUUGCAUUAGCAACGAGUUUUCACGGAUGCGCUGUCGAACACUUUGUUUCUCUUUCCUUGUGACUGUCUGUCAAGCUGAAUAAAGUGGACGCUCGUUGCUCGUGUUCAAAAAGGACGACUCGGCAAAGUACCCGCGUACACGAUGCACGGUGUCGUCGGUUUGGAGGCCCCGCGAGCAAUCCGUUUGAUUCUUCAAUGCACUUUGAUAAUUCUCAUUCUGUAUGACGUGUUCGCUAAUUGUCUUGUCGGACAGCCUUCGAGGUAUUGUUUUAUCGAAACGUUAUUACAUCUCAAUAAAACAAUAUCUCGAAUUCAUAUUACUAGCUCUUCCUUUUUAAUCAUCGAAGAAAUGGCGAAAUUUAUAAGUUUAUCCUCUGAUAUUGCGUUCAUUCCGCGAGGUCCUCUUCCUCAAGGAACUGACGGUCCCGUGAACACAUGUUUGUUCUGCGGCGGAUAACAGCAACUAAACGAGUUAAAAAUUGGUACGAUUUGUCGCUAUCCGUUGUUAUCUGAGACGCGAGUCCGCAGAGACAAUUGGGCGCGGUAGAUUCUGGCGGGGCCUCGGAGGAGCCGUUCACCGCGCGCGUCUGCUCGGGGAUGAACCUUCAUAUCUGGUGUGUGGUGGUGACUAACAUGUCCGUGUGUUUGUUUGUGUGCCAGCAGGUGGCCUGUGACGUUGUGACCGUGUACUCUCGAUCGGAGUCGCCGUGCCAUGUCAGUCUCAGUCAGUCAAAUCGGUGCCGGUCGUUCGCUCGACCGGUCGACCGGUCGAUCAGUCACACAAUUCCCCGGUCAGUCUCUCGAUCAGUCUAUCUGUGUCUGUCGGUGCCUGUACAAAGAGCAACACCCGCCCACGCGCUCUCAUUUCUGCCGUAAGAUCCUCCGCCUUGUCGACCUCUUCUCUAUCUCUAUCUCUUCAUUUCAUCCCCUCGACCUCUCGCGCGCCCAUACCCGCCUGUCCACGAAGUCGCGACGUCGUUCCUCGCGAUCGCACCGAGAGGAUCGUCCCUCUCGGUCGCACCUGCGCGUACAAAAACCCGCCGGACGAAUCCUCGGACACGCAGGGGGAGUUCCACGUUGCUGGGCGAGCGAAAGAACUGUCGCGGCCGAGAGAGAUGCGCACGAGAUGCGGAGGAACACGAUGAAGAGGGCCGAGAAAGUGGAACGGAAAGGAGGACGAUGCACCGACGACCGACCUGGGUUCCUCGAACGAAGCUAACGCGCUAUGUUAACUGUCUGUCCAAUCUCUCCCCUCCUCCCCUCUACCCCUGUAUAUAUACAGAUAUAUAUAUAAAUAUAUUAUGCAUAUAUGUAUAUACACAUAUAUGUGUACGUGUGUAUGGUAUGUGCGUGCGUUAGAGAGCGUGCGAAGAGGAUUCUCUCGUGGUUGAGCUAACGGCAGGCGACGCUCCACGUCUUGCGGUGAAAGAGGACGAAGGAGGACAAGCGAGGAACGCGCGGCACGAGCUGUGCGAGAGAAAUUUUUCUUAUACAUAAUUAUACAUAUACAUGUUCAUAAAUCGAAUUAUCCGACUGAGAACUAUUUUUAUCGGCUCUACUAUCGGGAUCGCUGUCAACGCCUCGCAGCACCUGUUUAUACAUAAAAUUAUACAUAUGCAUAUGUACCGUGCGUAUGUAUCGCGGCAAACUGGGCGUGUAGACGAGAUAAAUGCGCGUGUAUAAAGAAGAAAAUGCGCGCGAGACGGAGGCUGGAAAGGGAAACGCGAACGGACGAACAAUGAUCGUGCGGGAUCGAUGCGCGUGCGAUUUCUUAGGCUUAAAUCGUGACAAGUAUACCAAAAACGAUAACGGAUACAAAGAAUUAAAACAAAAAAGAAGCCGAUAGACAGCGAAGAAACGAAUAUAAGAGACAUUUUGUAGUAAAUGACUUUGUGAUAAGAUUGUAUCGUACAGGGGACUGCGGUCUCAAGCCGAAACUGGGCCGGGUCGCUCAGGAAUAGCACAUCAGGCGUCACACAUUCGUGCAUCCAGUUCUAUUACGCCGUCAAAGACACUUCGCGAAUAUAGACAAGUACACGAGAGAUGCGACAAAUUUUUAAUCAAUUUUAAUAUCGGACGAGUUUCCCGACCGCGCACUUGCAUUGUCUUCUUCGUCGAAUUAAUUGCGAGUAAUCUUAUACGUCUUCAUGAAAAUUACGUACCGGAUCGAUCGGACGGGGUUGUCUGGCUCGAUUCAACGAAGUAAAAGUUUCUCAUCAAGGUGAUAUACUGUAAAUGGAAAAGGAAAAGAAUUGCUAUAGUAAUUGCAAAAUAUUUCGCGAGCAGAAAGAAGAGAUUCACUCGAAUAGUAUUACAUCAAUACGCAAGAUAUUUUGGGAUAACUCAUUCUUAAUAUUGAACAUGAAUUUGCUUUGUAGAAGUAAAUGGGAAAGUGUGUUAAUUUUUCAAAAGUUCUAUCGAUCAUAAAAUAUUGUUUUCGAAUAAUUAAACGAACAAACAAAUGUGAUUCUACGUGAGACUUAUUUUCGCAUUACUUCUGAAAAUGAUUGAUGAUUGCAAUUCUUGUUAUACCAAACUUAUCGAGAGAAAACAAACGUAUCAAUAUUUACGUUGCAAUUGGUGCAAUUUAUAUAUUUUAUCUUUAUAGGUGCAGAUAAUAUAUAAAUGAGAAAAUAUAUAGAGUGGAAUAUUUCCAAGAACACGUGAUAGAACGUUAGUAUAAAUAUUUUCAGUUGGACGAACAUCGUAAAAAUUGGUUGCACGAUGAAGUUGUGCGAUGAUUGUAUUCGAACGAAACAAAUCAAGAUCGUACAAGAAUAUACAUACAGGGUUAGUGAUUAAAAAGAAGUCAUUUUAAGUACUCUAGUCUGAAUGUAAAAAUGCCUUCGUGGAUGUUAAUUUAACGUAAAAAUAUUUCAAAAUCGAUUGCGUUUAAUUGGAUUACAUUGCAUAAUAAGAAUUUACAUUUGAUAGAAUCUGAAUUAAUACAAAAUAUAUUUCUCCUCUCAUACAUGACUCGUACUGUGAAAUCAUUCUCUGUUUAUUUGAAUUUUAUAUAUAUCAUGAAAAAAAACCGCGUAAGUAAAGAAAAUUUAUUCUAUGUAAUACUAUGAUUCUUCAAAACAGUUUUUAACAACUAAUAUUAAGUCGUAAAAAGAUGUUUUACACCUCGAGUGUGAAUCCUGAUUAAUCAAUAUUCAGAGAUAUCAUCAAGGUGAUGACGUCCACGAAUGCUAAAUAUUAUUUAAUUAUCUAAGAAACAAGAAAGAAAUUCAGUAACUACUACCUGAAACCAUUAAAAGAAUAUCUUUAUCUUUUAGACCUUUAAGUUUUUGUUUCUUUAGGUAUGGUUGUUAAACUCUUCUAUAUUCUAUGAGUUAAAGGCACGAGUAUUAAAAAUCAUGUCUCGAUACAUGUUCUAUUUUCCACGAUUCCAAAAUCAUUAACAAUUGUCGUUUCUCGAAAUUUGCUCGCCAUAUUAUCCAAACGACUGAAUCUUGCGCAACUUCCUCUUGUUAUUGUCGUGUCACCUUUCAUAAACACACACUUCCAGUUUCGAUAAAAUACAUAUCCUCCAAUUUCUUUUCUCGCAUAGUCUUGUCUAUAUUGAGCAAAACAAGUUUGCGUGCACCUAAUUAUUGAAUGGCAGUAUCUGUUUCUAUUGUUUUUGUAAAAAUAAUGGAUAUAUAAUGCUUUUUUAUUAUGUUUUUCUUUAAGUAUUUUAAGCAGAAUAAUGUGUCAACAUCAUUUCUGAAUUGAAAAUUGGAAAGGUUGCAGAGACUAUUUAUGUUUUAGAUGAACUUAGACAUAGAAGAAUGAUUUUUCGACAUAUCUUUAAAAUUAGAAAUUGUAUCAUUCUGUAUUAUUAAUUGUUAUUUACGAUUAAGUGUACGUAGCCUUGUUUUGUCACCAGCAAUUAACAUGCACACGUGCGUCAGACCAAAUAAACGGAGCAUCGACGUCAAUUUUACAAGGUAAAAUGUGUGCAAACGUGCAAUUUUAUCUAACAUUUGCGAUUGUCUUUGAGUAGUAGAGAACGUCGUGCUCCGGAUUACCAAAGAUGUGUCUUUAAUUAAUUCAUGUACUUACGCAACGCUAACAAUUAAUCCAAGUCAGUGUUAAAAGUCUACGCAUGAGCAAGAACUAUUUGUGUACAGAAUAUCUAUAUUAUUGCCUCAUAUGUGAUGUAAGCCGAUAAAUCAACAGUUGCUUAUCCUUAAAUCAUGUGUACUUAGAAAACAAAGAGCACAUAAACACAUUCAAUUAUGUGAAAAUAUUUUUAUUGACGUGCUCGAAAAUGCUAGAUUAAAAAAAUUAUUUUGUCAUCUUCUAAAUGGCUAUAAGGAAUGAACUUUAAGCAAAAUUUUCAAGACAAUUGAUCAUAAAAUCUAAACUGUCCAAAGAUAAUACCAAUAACAGUUAGCAAAAGUCAGUUAAAUUUCAAGCUUUUUUAAUAUGUGUACAAAUGGUCACCAGACACAUAAGUAAUAAUCUCUAAAUAUAUAGGUAAAAUAUUACAAGAGAGGGAGUUUUAGACAGAGGAAUAGUGUGAUAUUCGAUACUUAAACUAUGCGUGGAUGGCUAGCACUGAUCUACAUCGAUUAAAUCGAUUAACUAACAAUAGGAAACGAGCACGCGUACACAUUAGUCUUGUGCGUAUAUACAAAUAGAGCCUAGUCACAAAUAUUGUUUAAUGAUUGAAAAAUCGCUUCUAUGUUCGUGUCAUUUUCACUAUUGUUCUUCAGCACGUGCGUUGACACUGUUGUUAGUGCUACGUUUAUUAUGGCUAUUAUUAUUGCUAUGUUUAUCUUUACUAGUUAUACCUGUUAUUCUAAUUUGAUUACAAUUAUUAUAAGAGAAAAUUCUUAUCAUUACUUAAUAUUAUUAUUCUACUACUGUCAUUAUACUGUCAUUAUUAUUUUAUUACUAGUAUUAUAUGUUUAUAUUAUCAGUACUCCUGCCAAUGAUGGCGAUACUAUCAUUGGCAUUUAUUAUUACAAUUAUAACUAUACUUCUAUUACUUUUAUAUGUAUUAUUAGCACUUUGUGCGCGACAGCGAUCGUGAUUAUCAUUUAUUAUAAUUGCUAAUGUCGAUCGCUCGCUAAUUUAGUGUUGCAAUGGCAGACUAUCAGUUUGUAAGCCAAAAUCGGAAUUCAAGUACUUUUAUGUCCGAUUUUUUUUUUACGGACGCUAACACACGAAUUAAUUCAUUCGUUGUACAAGCGAAUCGCGUAUUAUGUGCGGUCGUUAAACGGUCAAAUAAGGAUCACUCGUUGAGACGGUUAUUUCCAAACCGAAGUAUAUAUUUUAAAUAAUACGGGACAAUGUACUUAUACGAUGAAUGACUUAUUUUUAUGUUUGUUCUCAUGUUAAAUAUUCAAAGAUGCAAUUGGAUAAAUUUGGACAUUGAUUAACGAAAGCAAAAUGUGACAUGUGAAAUGUUUUCAGCGUUCGUCAAAAUCGUUGCAUAUACUCGUACUCGCAAAGUUUCAGAUUAUAUAGAAAGGUCUUAUAUAAGAGAUAUAAACACUUUGUAUUUCAAAAAAACAAAAUUGCGCAGAUAAAUAUUUUUGGCAUCAUUGUAAUCAUACUCUUUCUCACGUAACUGAGAGAUAUUUACUCUUGUGUUUAUCUUCUUAAACGUCAAUUAUACUUAACUAAUUUUGCCUUACAUUAGUAAUAUAAGUUUCUUCUCUUUCUCUCUCGUAUAUACGGACCGAUCAAUUCGGUGAUCCUAUUCGACUAAUAUUUAAAUGAUACAAUUGUCUAUCCGAAUUACUAGUACUUUAUUUUUACAGUUGUAAUCUAAAUCUGUUGAUAGAAUAUGUUUUUGUUUCUAAAUGUUUCAGCUAUUACCUCGUAAGAUUACUGUUAUACUGUUGAGUAUACCGUAUUUGCGUCGUUAACAAUCCAUCGUGCUUCUUUAUUUUUGUUUUCUUACAGGCUAUAAGUCGAAUUUUUGUUCUUUUUUUAGUUUGUUCGUCCACCGCGUUUCUCUCCUCUGAUGCAAAUUGUAUGCCUUUUUUUUUAUUAAAAGAUAGGGAAUGCGCUACUAUCGGAGUUAACGAGAUGAUGAAUCAUGUCCAUAAAAUGCACAAAUUCUUGAUUUUAAUAUGUUGAGUGUCAGUCAUUGUAUGUGAACACGCGUUGCUGAAGUCAUGUUUUAAUUUUACAGACAAACAUAAAAUAACAGAAUUAGCCGGUUAUUGAUUUAAUUAAAAUGUUAAUAGCUAAUAAAAAUCCAGAGUUUGAUAACGGCAGAAAUGCUCAUGUAAAAAUAAUGCCAGUAUGAGAGAUAUGAGACAUUGAACUUCGACAGACAGUAUUUCAAAUAUUUGUGCUCAGUACUCAACAUGUUAAAUGUUUUAGAUAUUGCAAAUGGUGCAGCAAACAGUACUUAAGCAACUGCAACGAGUACUUAGACAUAUAAAGGUAAUUCAUUAAAAAAUCCAAAUUUUUAAGAUGCUUUUAUGAAUUUACAAUUCAAGUUUGCCCUCAAAUAAUUGAUGUAUUUUAUCAAUAACAAUAUUAAAGUAAACACGAGAGACAAAUUUCUAUUCUAAAUUUAUAUUUUAUUAAUAUCUAUGUAACUUAAAAAUUACAAAGAUCUUUAAGAUGCUCCGAAAGGCGCGAUUAAUCCUACUCUUUUAAUUAGAUCGAUUUAACCAUUGGUGAUCGAAGAACAAUCGUGAAUGCGAAUAAAAUACCGAGACUUAUCGCUGUAAUUACCUUACAUGCACAUUGGCAAUUUUUUUGCAUACGCGCUUACGUACGUGGCACGUACGGACGCGCAUCUGUAUUCGGGCAUUAAAUGUAUGUUUUUCUUUCGUGUAUACAUCUUUAUAUACAGAGUAUACAGAAUAUACAGUGUAUACAGAUGUAUACAUACGACGUAAGUGUUGCGUAUGCGAUGGUAUACGCCUUCUGUCUCCGCGUGUAACGUCACUCCGCGCUUAUUCUUAAUCGUGUCCACUUUUUGUUUCAUUCUUUUAUUUCUUCAUUCUCUUUUUUGUUUAAUAAUUAUUGAUUGACCUUAAAGCCGUCGACGAAACCGCGGAGAUUGUCGGCGUGUAUCGUUAAAUAUACUUAUACAUUUUUUUUCUGUUUCGCUUAAUCUACAAUGCGAUCAGCAUGUGGCGUAUGUUGAAAAUAACAAUAUAUAUAUUUAUUUUGUUGUUUUAAUUUUUUCUCUUAGCUUUACUACCAUUCCUAUGAUCCUGAUCCCUUGAUUGCCAUAUUUGAUCACCGCUUUAGCGGAAAGCCGUAGAAAAACUGUGCAAAAUAAUUUGACUACCUUUUUUAUGUUUGGUUUACACUUUACACUAUGGUUUCGAAUUAACUCCUUAAUGAACGUUGGAAUGUUCUCUUCAAAGUACAGAGAACUAAAUGUCGAUGAAUGAAUGAACUAUUAUAAUUUGCUCAUAAUGGAAAAGAACUUGUUAAGAAAUGUGUUCAAAUAUAAUUUGUCAAGUGUAAUUAUCGCGAUAACAAUGAUUUUAUUAAUUGUAACAUCAAUUGUAGCAAAAUCUAUAAUCAAUAAUAACUUAAGGGGUUAAUUCAUCAUAAAUGAGUUAAAGCUUUAUAUACAUAUCUUUUGCAUUGUACAUAACUGUAUGUGUACUGCGUGCUCCAAAGAUACUAACUACAGCAAUUGAUGAAAGAAAUAUUGUAUACGAUAUAAUUCAAUUUUUUGUGCAGCAUAAGUCACAUAAUCUCCUAAAAUUUUUAUUUUUUUCACAUUCAUGCAGUGUUGCUUAUUUUAUAAGUAAAUUCCAAAGAAAGCAGAUUAAAAGAACAUAAAGAUAAAUUCGGAUCGGAAUAAUUUAUUUUUAAUCUUCUGUUGACUCCAAGUGACUUCGAAGUAAAAUCGAUCAAUUUCUUAUAUCAAUAUCAAGAAUAUUUUGACAUUGUUCAUUGUUUCCAAAAAUACAAAUGCUUGAAAAAUAAAUUUAAUACAAUUCGACCCUUAUCAUUGGUUUAAUGGUAAAAUAAAUAUAAUUUUGUUAAAAAGAAUGUACAGUGCAGAUAUUUUCGUACAGACAUACAUACAACGCAUAGCACUUCCCAAUUAAACACAAAAUAAAUCCCUGUACUAUUUGAAUGUCAUUCGACAUAUAUUUUUCCAGUUUUUUCAAAGCUUUUUUUAUUCAUUCAGCUGUUAUUUAUAUCGACUCGAUCUCCAUUCAAAUAUAAAAUUUGCCACAAACAAUUGCCUUUUCCUGUAACAGUUUUCAUUAAAAUAUUAUAUUUUUGUGUUAUUUUCUAUGUAUAAUUAUUGCAAUUUCUCAUUGAUCAAGAUUUAGGACGCAGGAUAAUUAAUAAAUAAAAGGACAGGAGCAAAAAUGUUUGAGUGACUGAUAUAAACGACUGAUUCAGUGGCUAUUGAUAACAAAUCGUUUCAACUUUAAUCUUAUAAUAUAAUACUAAAAAUAUUUGCUAAACAUCUUCUCGAUCAGAGAAAAGCUAACAGGAAGCAUCACUUUUUUAUCAUAAUCUUGUCACUUUUACACGUUAUAUACGUUUUGUAUAUAAAUCAGCAAAAUCAUCAGUCAUUUAGUGCGGACAAACGAAUAUAGUUGUAAUACUUGCUUUCAGAAAGUUAUUUAUUUCUGCGACGUUUAAAUUAAAUAUAAGAUGAUUUUCAAUUUACUUUUAAUUAUACAUUAUUUAAGUUAAUAUGUAUGCAAUAUUCAUUAAGUUCCUAUAAUGCAUUAAUGUCGACGUUGAAAGCAGUAUUACUUUAAGUUGGGAUGCAAUCUAAAUCUAACACGUCACACUCGUAUAUUGGGGACUUGACAUAAAAAGGUCUAAACAUGAUAUUUUUAGAAAAUUAUUUUUCGUUAUGGAAGAUUACGUGCCAAGAACAUAUUCAUAGCAGCGCAAAAGCUAUGCAACUGAUAAGAACAUUCGUAAAGUACAAAAUGAGAUUAAAAGUACUUUUUAUAAAUAAACAAAAUGCAAAAAACAUUUUAAAUUGCAUAACUUCUUUCAGCAUUUCUUUCCUAACAUUAACAAUCUUUUUUACGUGUCAAGCCUUCGAUUACAUGAGUAAGCACAAGUUGUGAUCUUUCUUUUGUUGCUCAUGCUAGGCAGAGAGCAUAUGAGUUGUACAGAAUCCGCACGCACACCCGCAACAAUCAUUCGACGAAUUAGUAUGUAGACUGUACAUAGGCCGUACCUAGCUCGUAAGGAUAUUUUUUGUACGCAGCAAAAUCCCGAGUGAGUUAUUGUAUCGUCAUCGUCUGACAUGAUUUUUGUGAAGAGUACGUGUGUUCACAGUGGCGCAAAGAAGACCGAUAUUCAGAUUCAAUUUUAAUAAACCAAUUGUAAUGAACUUGUCGGAUUUACUAUGAUACGAUGAUCAAUAUUUUGUAGAUGUCAUACAAUACAAUUACAAAAGGGUUUAAGAGACAGAA